CACCUGCUGCCCGAGGGUUAAUAGCGAAGCGUUCACAGGAGUGAAAUACAGGUUUCCUUCCGAGGAAUGGACGUGGCGUUAAAACAAGAAAGACUUGGGAUUUUGCCAUUUGCAGACUGUGCACCUGUCUCUGACACUGGCUCUAACUAGAGAUGUUGGUACCUACCUGGACUUACAGACAUAAAGAAUAGACCAGGCACUCAAAGGGUGUGUAGGGAGCUGACUUGAAGGAGUAAAGAUAUUGUAAGUAGAGAUAUGACACAGAGGAGGCUUGCUGUUCCACAUGGACCUGUGUAUGUAAGGACUCAGUAAAGGGUGACUCUCUGUCUGGCUGCCCUCUGGGAGAUCUGAUGGGGAAGGACAACUUCAUGUCAACCAAUGGGAGCGUGUCGGGCACUGAAAGCAUGAAAGAUUUAUUUCACGAGGAUGCACAGUCGCAGGCCCAGCCGUGGUGGAAGAUCCAGCUGUUUGUUUGGGAGCCCGUUCUGUUCGGUACCUGGGAUGGCGUCUUUACAUCGUGUAUGAUUAAUAUAUUUGGCGUGGUUUUAUUUCUACGGACAGGAUGGCUCGUGGGUAACACUGGAGUUCUCCUGGGAAUGGUCCUUGUAUCCUUCGUUAUUUUAGUAGCACUGGUUACCGUGCUGUCCGGCAUUGGGGUGUGCGAGAGAUGCAGCAUCGGUAAUGGUGGCGUUUACUCCAUGAUUUCCACUGUCCUGGGGGGCAAGGUCGGGGGCACGGUUGGUCUGCUCUAUAUAUUUGGGCAGUGUGUUGCAGGCGCUAUGUACAUCACCGGUUUUGCCGAAUCCAUCUCGGACCUGCUCCAUCUGCAUAAUAUCUGGGCAGUGCGGGGGAUCUCGCUGGCGGUGCUUGUGGGAUUACUGGGAAUCAAUCUAGCGGGAGUCAAAUGGAUAAUUCGCCUGCAGCUUCUGCUCCUUUUCCUGCUUGCUGUGUCCACCUUGGAUUUUGUAAUUGGUUCAUUUACGCACCUGGAUCCAGAACAUGGCUUCGUUGGAUAUUCUGAGGAUUUACUGUCUAACAAUACAUUCCCGGAUUACACCCCCGGAGAAAGCUUCUUCACUGUAUUUGGGGUCUUCUUUCCAGCUGCCACAGGCGUAAUGGCCGGCUUUAACAUGAGUGGAGAUCUGAAGAAACCUGCCACUAGUAUACCACUGGGAUCGCUGGCUGCCAUCGCCAUAUCGUGGUUCCUAUACAUCGUGUUUGUUUUCCUGCUGGGUGCCAUUUGUAUGCGAGAAUUUCUGCGCUAUGAGUUCAUGAUCGCAGAAAAGGUCUCUCUGGUGGGAUUCCUCUUCCUUCUGGGCUUGUACAUCUCUUCCCUUGCCUCCUGCAUGGGGGGUCUAUACGGCGCUCCCAGAAUCCUCCAGUGCAUCGCACAGGAAAAGGUUAUCCCUGCCCUCUCCUUCCUGGCUCACGGGAAAGGACCAAAUAAAACGCCGGUAGCAGCAAUUAUUUUGACAGGUGUUCUCACCAUGGCAUUUGUCUUUAUUGGCCAGGUGAAUGUCCUUGCACCAAUAGUAACCAUUAACUUCAUGCUGACGUACAGUGCCGUGGACUAUUCCUACUUCUCUGUGACGAUGAGUUACAAUUUACAAUAUAAUGGCAAAAAGACCAUGAGAGUCAACGCCAAAGCACUGAGCGCCUCUUGUCCUCUGAUUCUUGAUAAACCGUCCAGCUACGGAGCAAAUGGCACUCUGCUUGAAUUCACAAAGGACAUGGAUCAGAUCUUCAAAGUGGGUCAAGUGGAGCCAGCUGAGAGCACAAAAACGCAAAACUCGGGAAUGAAGAUGACGUUUCGUAAAGCUAAGAUUCCUGCCAAGCAGUCCUUGCUGGACAGCUUCCAGUUAGAUUUGCCACACGUUUCGGAGCUGGAGGAGAGUGAACUGAUCCCAGAACCAACUGAAGAGAAAUUUCAGAAUAUUGUUCCCUCCAUGGACCAAGAUGAAAGGAGUCCAUCUAACAUGGAAGAAGCCGAGGGAGACGCCACACGGAGCAUGGUGGAAGUAGAAGAGAUGUACACAGAGAUCCAGCAAUCAGAACAAGAUGGUAAAGAAGAUUUAAACAUUCAAAGCAAAGUCCCGGAGUUUGAGAUUCAGAGUUUAUCCACUUCCUUUUACUCCAAGUUCUGUAAUCACUGGGUCUCCUUCCUAGGGGCGAUCUUUUCCAUUGUUAUCAUGUUUGUAAUCCAGUGGAUCUACGCUCUGGUCAAUAUCGGGGUGGCUGUUCUCUUAUAUUUCUACAUUGGGCGGGUGAGCCCUGGGCUUAAUCCAGGGGCAGCUGCAAGCUUCAGUUUAUUCUCUUGGAUUCAAUUAAUGGCCGUCACGGUAUUCAGGAAGAAAUCUUCCCCAGGGGAGCGCAUUGUAGUAACACCUUCCUUUGCAUCUGUUGGUAUGGAGACCACACAGCUGACAGAAGAGAACGCAGAUUUUGCGUCCCGCGGUCGCUACCAUCAUUCUUCUGUCAUUAGCAGUGGCCAGUUUGUUAACCAGUUUCAUUAGGAAGCCAUGGACAGACCUGUGAAUCUUAAAUGGAAACUGCACCAUGUCUUGGCUGCUAAAUUGUUAAUUGUAAACUUUCUUCCGUGACAAAAGAUGGUUUUCCGGAACAGCGCUGUGGGAGAGCUAAAUGUGCCUUAUUGUUAAAAAAAAGAAAAAUGUUCAAGAAACUUAAGUUAAAAGCAAAAGGAAUUGUAAAUAAAUGUUCAUAGGGAAUUUAUUGCACGCACUCUGCGAGGCCCCCUGGUCUGUGCGAGGUCCCCAGGUCUGCACAAGGUCACCAGGUCUGCACGCACUCUGCGAGGUCUGCACAAGGUCACCAGGUCUGCACGCACUCUGUGAGGUACUCUGUUAACCCCUCGCUGACAGACUCCAGCAAACUGUGCUUUGUCUCCUAUGCAGUAAUCAAUGAUUUCAGGUGUUCUCUUUGACUCCGACCUCUCCUUCAAGCCUCAUGUUCAGUCUAUCGCCAAAUCCUGCCAUUUCCAUCUCAAAAACAUUGCGCGCAUCCGCCCCUACUUAACGCCAGAUGCGACUAAGGUGUUGGUCCAUUCCACUGUACUUUCUCGCCUUGACUACUGUAAUCCGCUUCUCAGUGGUCUUAUGUGCUCCCAACUUGCGCCGUUACAGUCCAUAAUAAAUGUGGCGGCGAGGCUCAUCUUCCUGUCCGCCCGCACCUCCCACGCCUCACCCUUCUGUCAGUCCCUACAUUGGCUUCCUAUAAAAUAUAGAGCCCAAUUUAAAAUUCUGGUUCUUGCUUUCAAAUCUCUACAUAAUGCUGCUCCCACCUAUCUAUCCUCCCUUAUACACAAGUAUGUCCCGUCUAGGCCCUUACGCUCUGCUGAAGACUUACGUCUAUCUUCUGUCCGUACUCCCACCUCUGAUGCUCGCCUUCAAGAUUUCUCGAGGGCUGCACCGUUCCUGUGGAACUCGCUUCCCUCCUCUGUUAGAUGCUCACUCAGUCUCCAUCCUUUCAAAAAAUUGUUAAAAACCCACUUCUUCAUAAAAGCGUUUCAAUUAAACUGUUAACGGCUCCCAACUGAUUCCUCUCUUGCAACUGUCACUAGUCUAAUACUAUCCUUACCUUUUGUGUCAUUUUACCCCACUCCCUCUAGCAUGUAAGCUCACUGAGCAGGGCCCUCAACCCCUCUGUUCGUGUGUGUGUCCAACUUGUCUGGUUACAACUACAUGUCUGUUCGUCCACCCAUUGUAAAGCGCUGCGGAAUUUGACCGCGCUCUAUAAAUAUAAUAAUAAUGUGAGAUGUUUAUUAGCUGUUUGUAUUCAGUCCUGGUAAAUGGUGAUGGUCUAUAUCAGCUCCUCAGAGGAGGGAAUACAUCUAUUAACAGCACAGUAAGGGCCUCUCCAUCACCUUCUCUCUGCUUUGACUCCCUAAACUCCUCCCAUGGUAUGUUGGCCCUAACUAACUCUGGAACUCCAAUCUGUCAUUUGAUCAAUAAUUAAAUCCAGAUGGCUCUCUGUACCCCCCAAUCUCACUGCGCUAUUGGAUAUCCCCAAGCUAUGUCUAUACCAACAUCUAGAUACCAAACAUACGAGGGAUGGGCCAGGCCCUCCAAUGCUGUAAAGGCAGGUUAUUGGAAGAAAAUGAACAUCGCAACGUUUCGACCCACACAGGGGUCUUCGUCAAGCUCACUGUGUUCCAAUGAACGGCCGUUCCUUCAUUGGGGAGCUUAGACCAGGGGUGCCCGAAAGGUAGAUCCCCAAAUGCUUUAAAACUACAGCUUCCAUGAUGCUUUGUCAUUUUAAAAGCAUGCAAAGCAUCAUGGGAACGUCUGGGGAUCUACCUCUUGAGCGCCCCUGGCCUAGACCAUCUCUCUUUCAUUUGGUAUAUUCUGGGCUAGUGCUGGGUCUGGUUAAUCAGCCAACCUGUUUGUGAUUUGAAAGCAGUUCCUUUUUUGUUUUUGUAUGAUGUGUAUAUACCAACCUUUAGUACAUACCUCCCUUAGAGUUUGCAUUGAAUGCUAAGCUGUAAUAAUCAGGACGCCAUUACUUUUUAUUCCAUUAUUUUCUUCCAUUCCCACUGAUAUCUGAAAGGUUCUCUCCGUGGCUGAAUUGCAGAGUUUGGUUAAGGUUCGGUAAAAGCAGUCGCAGUACGUUCCAAAACCAUAAUCUGUAAUGGCAAGGCUUACCUUGGAGAAUAAACCUGUCGCCCCUUCCCAAGUUGGACACGUUCCUGGCCGGCAGAUUGGAAGUGUGAUUGUUUUGUUAAAUUGCUCCUCUCUGGGCUAAUGUCCCAGAAUGAGAAUGUCAGGAAGAGACUGUUUAACAUAAUUCCCACUGUGCCCAUGGUGCCAUUACAUGUACGUGGCUGUGUGAUCAUAAAUGUGACCUGCACUCAUUGCUAUGUCCAGUCCAUCCGCGUGGGCAUAGUACCCACAAAGCAAGCUUGUGGUUGGACAACUGCUUGGAGAAUUUUGUGGUUUAAUUUGAAUGUUUUAUAUUAGAUACGGUGCCAGAUUUAAACAAAAAAUGUAAACCAUACCUAGAAUUCUUUGCUGAGUCUCCAGCAUUGGACACACUGUGUGAAAUGAUUUUUAAUGUCUAACAAAAUCAAAAGGGAGGUGAAAGUGCCUAAAAUGGCUGUCACAUGGAGAGAAAAAUCUAUACUGUCAAAGAAAAGGGGCAGCGUCUGUGCGCCAUAGCAGCUACCUGCAGAUAGUGAUUUGGCAAAUGUACACCAAUUUAUAUAAAUAAAGAAUAGUGCUCACUAUAAUAUAGACAUCUAAUGGUCAGCGAUACUGCAGAACAAGCAUCGCACAAAUCUUGCAUCAACACAAAAUAAAUGGAAAUUGUGAAACAGCGCCUUGCUUAAUGGUGAAAAAAACUCUAUAAUAAAUUACCAAGAAUACACAGAUAUCAGUGUAAGACAUCUUUGUAGAGUUAAACGGCUUUAUAUUAAACAUCUCAUAUGGUAAUCAAACCCUCUUUAGUGACAAAAGCCAUAGCGAAGCACACUCACAUGUAGGAGAGCUGAAUCAAGCUCACAAUAGCGUGAGGGCUAUAACACUCGACUGUAUAUACAGGGCAAGCGUUUUCUGCUGACGUAAACAUCUCCAAUCUGGUAUGAAACAGAGCCAAUAGUGAACCCUGAAAAUAUACAAGGUAAGGAGAACAAAGCUAUAAGCUACCAACAUGUCUCACAGCGCACACACUUGCUCUGUAUAAUUUGCAUUGCUGGGAUAUACUUUUUAUGUAAUAAGUUAGAUUAACCCCUGUAUCACAACUCAACUUUGAAUUCUAUGUUUCGUCUUGCUCAGAAAUGCUUCAGACUUGAGAAAGGAAGGUACUCCUGAAAGCUUGUCAUUACAAAAUUAUGUUAGCCCAAUAAAAAAAAAGGUAUCACAAGAUACAAACUUUUUGUUAUUUUCAUGUUGGAUAAAUUAUUCAUGAAUCCAGUAAGCAAAAUA